UUACUAUUGUAUUAUUAUCAUCAUCCUCAUCAAAAACAACGACCACAAUUAUCAUCAUGUAAAAAUAGACAACAAUGUCAUUCUAAUUUCUUUCAAUCAUCAUUAUUAUCGAUGAUUAUAAGCCUUUUAAUCAUCUUUUCAAGUUCAUCUCAAUUAAAUAGUCAAGUAUUGGCCCAGAAUAAAUUGAACAAUAAUGGUGAAAAAGUCAGUCUAUCCGCUCAACAAAAUAUAUCAUCACCAUCAUCAACAACAACGACAACGUUUGGUUCAUAUAUUUUUGAUCCACAUGUACAGGCACAAUGUGAACGUAACUUGAUGAAUAUUAUGGUCACAUUUGAUCAAUCGUUCAAUGGUAUAGUACAUGUGAGAAAUUUUCGCCGUAAUCCAUGUCAAAUAUAUGGUAAUGGUUCAACAAUAGUCGUAUUGAACAUCGAUCUCCUUGCUCCAUCAAACCGGCCAAAUUUCUGUGGUGUACAUCGUGUAAAGGGUACUGAAGAAAGAUCGAUAUCAUUAGUUGUACGUUUACAUCGAGCUUUAGAACUAUCGGAUGAUAAACAUUUUGUGAUCACUUGUGGUAAUACCGAAUUUUCCAAUAGAAACAAAAAUGAAAAAUUAAUGUUCAAAUUUGUUGAUCGCCACGGGCAUAAGAUAAAUAAAUUAUAUCAUGGUGAACCAUAUCGUUUACGUGCUGAAAUCGUUCAACAACACCAGCAGCAGCAAAUAUCUAGUCAAUUGAAAACCAGUGGUAGCCAAUCAUCAUAUCAUCUUUAUGUAAGAAAUUGCUUCAUAUUCAAUGGAAACGAUACGGAUGUAGAAUUUUUGGACAAUAAUGGUUGUCCAAACAUUAACGACCAUAUGUUAGGCCCAUUUAAACAGAUUGGACAGAAUAUUGCAGAAGCAGAAAUUUAUUCCAUGUUUAAAUUACCAGGAACUAAUCAACUACAUAUGCAAUGUUUAGUUGAAUUGGUUGAUAAUUGUAGUUUUUGUGAUCCAUCAUUUUGUCCAUUAAUUGGCAAUGAAACAAUGAUGAUGAACAAAACAAUUGAAAACAACCAUAAUAUAACAUCGAUUGGUAACAGCCGUAAUAGACCAACAAGUGGAAUGCAAAUGCUUGCAUCGACAACCGUUUAUGUAUUUGAACCAGAUCAACAAAUGUCAUCAUCUAUCAUGAUGGCUGGAGUCGGUGGUGGAGGUAGUGGUGGUUCGGAUGACUUUAUCCAUGGUCAUUGUAAUGAAUGGCGUUUUCCAUGGCUGAUUGCAUUGUGUAUCAUGUUGGGCAUUCUGCUCAUCAUUAUGAUGGUUGUCAAUAUAUUUCUUUGUACAUCAAUGUCAUGUUCAUGCUUCAGGUCAGAGAUGGUUGAACACGAACCGACUAUUAUGGAUGAUUAUGAUCCAUACAAAAUUGACAUUGGUAGCUAUUAUUCUCCAUAUGAUUCUCGUCUAUCAUUGAAUCGAAGCACAACAUCUAUAGCGAAUCCAAUGACAAGCAAUGUUGUAGGUAAUCAUCAUCAUCAUCAACAUAAUACCCAUCAUCAUAGCAAUAAUCAUCAUGGUAAUAACAAUGGUGAUCGAUCUGGUUCCUACUAUUCAACACAACAGCAACCAUUACAUCUUAACACGAUUCAUCAUCAUCUUCAUCAUGGCUUUAACAAUAAUAACAAACCAAUACCAUCGAUGAGCUCUUCAUAUUCACCAUCGACAACGGAAAAUACAACCCAUAGCCGACCGGGAGCCAAAUUGAUCAAUAGUAACAAAAAUAUGGGAAAUGGAAAUAAAAAUCGUAUCAGCAAACCGAAUAAAAGUCGACAACAGAAGCCAUCAAAUCAUAAGUCACCAUCUUUGAUGACAACAUCAAUUAUUCCAUUGAAUAGCAGUACUUAUAAUCCAUAUCAACAUUCACCUCAAUCGAUUCGAUCAGAUGAUUAUUAUUAACUAAUAAAUUUAUCAUGCAUAUCUU